AUGGUGAGGAGGAGAGGGAGGAGACCAGGAGACAUGGUGAGGAGGAGGAGGAGGGGGAGGAGACCAGGAGACAUGGUGAGGAGGAGGAGGGGGAGGAGACCAGGAGACAUGGUGAGGAGGAGGGGGAGGAGACCAGGAGACAUGGUGAGGAGGAGGAGGAGGGGGAGGAGACCAGGAGACAUGGUGAGGAGGAGGGGGAGGAGACCAGGAGACAUGGUGAGGAGGAGGAGGAGGGGGAGGAGACCAGGAGACAUGGUGAGGAGGAGGAGGAGGAGGAGGGGGAGGAGACCAGGAGACAUGGUGAGGAGGAGGAGGGGGAGGAGACCAGGAGACAUGGUGAGGAGGAGGAGGGGGAGGAGACCAGGAGACAUGGUGAGGAGGAGGAGGGGGAGGAGACCAGGAGACAUGGUGAGGAGGAGGAGGGGGAGGAGACCAGGAGACAUGGUGAGGAGGAGGAGGGGGAGGAGACCAGGAGACAUGGUGAGGAGGAGGAGGGGGAGGAGACCAGGAGACAUGGUGAGGAGGAGGAGGAGGAGGAGAGGGAGACCAGGAGACAUGGUGAGGAGGAGGAGGGGGAGGAGACCAGGAGACAUGGUGAGGAGGAGGAGGGGGAGGAGACCAGGAGACAUGGUGAGGAGGAGGAGGAGGAGGAGAGGGAGACCAGGAGACAUGGUGAGGAGGGGGAGGAGACCAGGAGACAUGGUGAGGAGGAGGAGGGGGAGGAGACCAGGAGACAUGGUGAGGAGGGGGAGGAGACCAGGAGACAUGGUGAGGAGGAGGAGGGGGAGGAGACCAGGAGACAUGGUGAGGAGGGGGAGGAGACCAGGAGACAUGGUGAGGAGGAGGAGGGGGAGGAGACCAGGAGACAUGGUGAGGGGGAGGAGACCAGGAGACAUGGUGAGGAGGUGGGGGAGGAGACCCGGAGACAUGGUGAGGAGGAGGAGGAGGGGGAGGAGACCCGGAGACAUGGUGAGGAGGAGACCAGGACACAUGGUGAGGAGGGGGUGGGGGGAGACCAGGAGACAUAGUGAGGAGGAGGAGGGGGAGGAGACCAGGAGACAUGGUGAGGAGGAGGAGGGGGAGGAGACCAGGAGACAUGGUCUGUCUCUGCUCGGGGAGGAGCAGGUGAAGGAGGUGAACCCAGUGCUGUGUAUGUCUGAGGAGGUGCUGCAGAGGAGGGGCCUGAAACCACACGUGCUCAGCUGA